AUGCACAUAACCAAAAAGCUGGCGGCGGCCCACGCCGAAAACCGCCCAACCUACUCUUUCGAAUACUUCCCUCCCAAGACCGCUCAAGGCGUUCAGAAUCUCUAUGAUCGAAUGGACCGUAUGCAUGGCUUCGGUCCUGCUUUCAUCGACAUAACAUGGGGAGCUGGUGGACGCAUGUCCAACCUGACGUGCGAGAUGGUGAAGGUGGCACAAUCUGCAUAUGGUCUGGAGACAUGCAUGCACCUGACUUGCACGGAUAUGGCUGUGUCAAAGAUCGACGAGGCGUUGGAGGAGGCAUACAAAGCUGGGUGUACGAACAUCCUUGCUCUACGGGGAGAUCCUCCUCGAGAGAAGGAGAAGUGGGAGCAAGGUGAUGGCGUGGCGUUCAGAUAUGCUAGGGAUCUGAUCAAGUAUAUCAAGAAGAAGUACGGCGACCACUUCGACAUUGGCAUUGCCGGAUACCCCGAAGGCUGUGACGAGGAGACGGAUGCAGAUGCACAUAUCCCUUAUUUGAAGGAAAAAGUGGAUGCAGGAGGGACAUUCAUUGUGACGCAGAUGUGCUACGAUGCUGAUAUUUUCAUUGCAUGGGUGAAGCAGUGCAGGGAGGCUGGGAUCCCGGAAAGUGUGCCGAUCAUUCCAGGAAUCAUGCCCAUCCAGACGUACGACAGCUUUCUGCGGCGAGCGAACUGGACGCAAUGUAAGAUUCCUUCAGACUGGCUGGAGAAGCUGGAACCUGUCAGAAACGACGAUGCACGAGUACGAGACGUAGGCAAAGAUCUGAUUGCGGACUUCGGUCGGAAACUUUUGGAUAGUGGGACGACAAUGCAUCUGCAUUUCUAUACCAUGAACCUUGCCGCCUCAACGCAGAUGGUACUGGAGGAGCUAGAGAUGACACCAGCCACGGACUCGCAUAACCCAGAUCUCAAGCCUCUACCAUGGCGACAAUCCCUGGGCUUGAACAGGCGAGACGAGAACGUCCGACCAAUCUUCUGGCGAAACAGAAACAGAAGCUACGUAGCCCGAACACAAGACUGGGACGAAUUUCCUAACGGUAGAUGGGGAGACUCGCGCUCCCCUGCUUUCGGUAGCCUGGACGCUUACGGCAUCGGAUUGAAAGGUACAAACGAAGCCAACCGCAAGCUCUGGGGUAGUCCUCACAACGUGCAAGAAAUCGCCAAUCUCUUCGUAGGCUACAUGAAAGGCCAAGUGCAGACACUACCGUGGUCCGAGAGUCCUAUCAGCGGCGAAGCGGACGUCCUGCGGAAGGACUUGAUUGAUCUCAAUAGCCGGGGUCUUCUGACUAUCAACUCUCAGCCCGCAGUUGAUGGCGUGAAAUCGACCCAUUCGACUUACGGCUGGGGUCCAAAUAACGGCUACGUCUACCAGAAAGCCUAUCUUGAGGUCCUUGUCCACCCCUCUCUCCUAUCUACACUCCUGGAACGCAUGAACGCAAAGCCGGAGAUAACAUACUACGCCGUGUCCUGCACUGGAAAACUUCAGACAAACGUUCCUGGUGGCGAUGGCAGUGGACCCAACGCCGUGACCUGGGGUGUCUUUCCUGGUAAGGAGAUCGUGCAGCCUACUAUCGUGGAAACGGUGUCCUUCCUGGCAUGGCGAGAUGAGUUCUACUACCUUGGUUCAGAGUGGAGUAAAUGCUAUGAUGAGGAUUCUGAUUCGCGGAGGGUAAUCAGGGAGAUCACGGAGACCUGGUCGCUGGUCAACAUCGUGGAUAAUGACUUCAGGAGCCAGCGAGGCAUCUUCCCGCUCUUUGAGGGGUUGAAGGUCGAUGGUGUGGUUGGUGGUGAGAUGAUCAAGACGAAUGGACAUGUGAAUGGUCAUACGAACGGUGAGGCAGAUUUGAAGACAGAGGAUAAAGCGCUUCCGGACAGGAGUGUGAAUGGUCAUGCUAAGGGUCCCGCGCCAGAGACAGACGGAGUGCCGGAUGGGAAUAAUGUCGUCAACGGCGCCGAUGUGAAGGCGAACGGACACGGCAACGGCGAGCUCAAGAACUGA